GCGGCGGGGCCGGCUUUGGCCCUGCGCGCCGAGGGAGGAAGGCGCUGCCAUGGCCCGGUGUUGCCCCGGCCCGGUCCCGGUCUUCGUGCUGCUGCUGCUGCUGCGCGGGGCCCCGGCGCGGGCCGAGCUCGGCGUCCCGGAGGCGGAGGAGGAGGAGGAGGCGGCGGCUGCUGCUGCUGCUGCAGGGGGCUCGGACCCGCACUCCCGGCACGUCUACAGCGCCGACAUGCUCCAGCACGGCGCGCGCAGCGCCCCGCACUUCGUCAUGUUCUUCGCCCCCUGGUGUGGACACUGUCAACGUCUGCAGCCAACAUGGAAUGAUCUGGCAGACAAGUACAACAGCAUGGAAACUCCACAGGUCUAUGUUGUUAAAGUGGACUGCACUAAAGAUACUCCUCUGUGCUCUCAAUUUGACGUCCGAGGAUACCCCACCCUAAAGCUGCUUCAACCAGGUCAAGAACCUCUGAAAUACCAGGGGCCUAGAGACUUCCAGACACUGGAAAACUGGAUGCUGCAGAAACUAAAUGAGGAACCAGUUGAACAAGAAUCUGACCUGGAACCACCAAAAGACCCUGAACCUAAACAAGGACUGUAUGAACUCUCAGCAGGCAACUUCAAGAUGCAUGUAGCAGAAGGCAAUCACUUUAUCAAAUUCUUUGCCCCUUGGUGUGGCCAUUGCAAGGCCUUGGCCCCAACCUGGGAACAGUUGGCGUCAGUCUUUGAACAUUCUGACGUUGUCAAAGUUGGCAAGGUUGAUUGUACUCAGCAUUCUGAAAUCUGCUCUGAGAACCAAGUUCGAGGAUAUCCCACCCUCCUCUGGUUUACGAAUGGUGAAAAGGCUGACCAGUAUAAAGGAAAGAGAGAUUUGGAUUCCUUAAAGGAAUAUGUAGAUUCCCAACUACAGAACUCCAAGAAGGCACCAGCUGCUGAUAAACCACCUGAAGGUCAACAGCAGCCUCCAGGACCCAUCCAUGUUGAUCCUACAGUCCUGUCUCUCUCUGAAAAAGACUUUGACCAAACUGUUGCAAAGGGGGUCACCUUUAUUAAGUUCUAUGCUCCAUGGUGUGGUCACUGUAAGAACUUGGCUCCAACUUGGGAGAACCUCUCCAAAGAGCAAUUUCCAGGUUUGAAUGAUGUCAAAAUAGCCAAAGUAGACUGCACUGCUGAACAAAACGUCUGCAGCAGAUUUUCUGUACAUGGCUAUCCAACACUUUUGCUCUUCCGAGGCGGACAGAAAGUCAGUGAACACAACGGAGCCAGAGAUCUUAAAUCGCUGCAUAAUUUUGUCUUGCGGCAGGCAAGGGAUGAAUUGUAAAACACGUUUGGAUACUUCUUGUACAGUAGCUGUGGGAGUUAAAUCACGUCCAUAGUACUGAUUUGCGAAUAUUGAUUUUUUUGGAAAAUGUACUGAACUGUGGUAUCUUC